AUGGCCAAGAGCAAGAUUCCUUUGAUGCUGGGCUUCGCCGCAGCGGGCGCUGGUGGCUACUACCUCUACAGCGCCGGUGGCGAUCCCGAAGCAGCCAAGAACCAAAUGAAGAUCGACGCCGAAAAAGCCCGCGAGAAGAUCCCCAGCACCGACAGCGCCGAGAAAUACGGCAAAGACCUCGGCAAGGAAGCCGGCUCUACCGUCGACGACGCUAUUGCUCGUGCCCGUGCUGAAGGCAAGAAGAUUCCUGAGUAUGCUCAAGAUGGCAAGGACAAGUUCGAGGAACUCCGGAGCGAUGCUAAGAGCAAGUUCAAUGCUGGAUUGGAUAAAGUUAAUAGCGGGGUGGAUCAGGUGGAUCGUGAUGUUGAGAAGAAGGCUGCUGAGGCUAAGGGGACUGUCUCUGGUUGGUUUGGUAGUAAGAAAUGA